CAGUUUCAUUCUUCACUUCCAAUAAAAAAAAACAAACACAUUUCUCUCUUAUAAUCACUCGAUUCUCUCGCUCUACUAUUCAGUAGGGUUUAUCAUUUUCAAUAGCUGUUGUUUGCUUUACCUGAACAAAAAUGGAUGCAUAUACGGUUCAUCUAGCGAUGGCGGCACUAGUUGGAGCAUCGGUGGUAGCGGUAUCGGCCUACUAUAUGCACCGAAAAACCCUAAAUCAGUUACUAGAGUUUGCAAAAACCAUAGAUAAGGAUAGGGACCCUGAUGACGUGGAAACGGAGGACGGCGGCGGUGGUUACUGGCCUCAUCAUUUGAGGAAGUACGCUGAUAAGAGGCGGAACCGUAGCCGGAGUAAAGGGAGAAACGGAUAUUACCGUCGUUCUUCUGCUUCAUUUCCGGAUGUGACGGCGUCGAAUUCAGGCGAGGUUGAGGAAGGGAGGAAUGGUCCGAUACAUGUGGAUUCUAUUCCAGCAGGUUUGCCGAGGCUUCAUACUCUUCCUGAAGGGAAAUCAAGAUCUGCUCAUUCUCUUAGACCUACUUCUCCGAAGUCUCCAGUUGUAAGUGCAAGUGCAUUUGAAAGUAUAGAAGGAUCAGAUGAGGAAGACAAUAUUACGGACACUACUAAACUUGACACUACAUAUCUACACACUAAUGGGAAUGCGGGACCAGAUGCUGAUGGGGAACAAAUAGGUAUGGCUGCAGCAAGUAUGAUUCGCUCACACAGUGUAUCUGGUGACUUGCACGGUGUUCAACCUGAUCCAAUAGCUGCAGAUAUUCUACGGAAAGAGCCAGAGCAAGAAACAUUUGUGCGACUGAAGAUAUCUCCUAGUGAGACACCAUCUGCCGAUGAAGCGGAGGUCUACCGAAACUUGCAAGUUUGUCUUGAAAUGAGACAGAGUUAUGUAUUCAAGGAGGCUGUUGCUCCUUGGGUAAAGGAAGUAAUCUCUGAUCCAUGCACCCCAAAGCCAAAUCCAAAUCCAUUUGAAUUCACUCCUGCAGGAAAAUCUGAUCAUUAUUUUCAGAUGGAAGAUGGAGUUGUUCAUGUGUAUGCAAAUAAAGAUUCUAAGGAGAAACUUUUUCCUGUUGCCGAUGCUACUACCUUUUUCACCGAUUUCCAUCACAUCCUUAAAGUAAUAGCAGCUGGGAACAUCCGAACUUUAUGCCAUCAUCGCCUAGUGCUUCUGGAACAAAAAUUCAAUCUACAUUUGAUGCUUAAUGCGGAUCGAGAGUUCCUUGCUCAGAAAAGUGCACCUCAUCGUGACUUCUACAAUGUGAGGAAGGUUGAUACACAUGUUCAUCACUCAGCAUGCAUGAAUCAGAAACAUUUGUUGAGAUUCAUUAAGUCAAAGUUGAGGAAGGAGCCAGAUGAGGUUGUGAUAUUUCGCGAUGGAACUUAUAUGACCUUAAAGGAAGUCUUUGAGAGCUUAGAUUUAACUGGGUAUGAUCUCAAUGUUGACCUUUUAGAUGUUCAUGCUGACAAGAGCACCUUUCAUCGUUUUGACAAAUUUAAUCUGAAGUACAAUCCCUGCGGUCAAAGUAGGCUGAGGGAAAUUUUCCUUAAGCAGGAUAAUCUAAUUCAAGGUCGUUUUCUUGCUGAGCUGACUAAGCAAGUAUUUUCUGAUCUUUCUGCAAGCAAAUAUCAAAUGGCAGAAUACAGGAUAUCAAUAUACGGCCGAAAGAUGAGCGAGUGGGACCAACUUGCUAGCUGGAUAGUGAACAAUGAACUGUACAGUGAGAAUGUUGUCUGGUUGAUUCAGCUUCCGAGACUGUAUAACAUAUACAAAGAAAUGGGGAUUGUGACAUCAUUUCAAAAUAUCCUCGACAACAUCUUUCUGCCCUUGUUUGAGGUCACUGUUGACCCCGAUUCACAUCCCCAUCUGCAUAUCUUCUUGAAGCAGGUUGUUGGAUUGGAUUUGGUGGAUGAUGAAAGCAAACCAGAAAGAAGGCCUACCAAACACAUGCCUACACCUGCUCAAUGGACUAACGUAUUCAAUCCUGCAUUCUCAUACUAUGUCUACUAUUGUUAUGCUAAUCUCUACACCCUGAACAAGUUGCGUGAGUCUAAAGGCAUGACGAUCAUCAAAUUCCGGCCACAUUCUGGGGAGGCUGGAGAUAUUGACCACCUUGCGGCAACAUUUUUAACAUCCCAUAAUAUUGCUCAUGGUAUCAAUUUGAGGAAGUCUCCGGUUCUUCAAUACUUGUAUUACUUGGCCCAGAUUGGUUUGGCAAUGUCUCCUCUUAGUAACAACUCCUUAUUUUUGGACUACCAUCGUAAUCCUUUGCCCAUGUUCUUCUUGAGGGGCCUGAAUGUUUCUCUUUCAACGGAUGAUCCCUUGCAAAUUCACUUAACAAAAGAAGCCCUGGUUGAAGAGUAUAGUAUAGCUGCGUCAGUUUGGAAGUUGAGUGCAUGUGAUUUAUGCGAGAUUGCCCGCAAUUCAGUUUACCAGUCUGGUUUCUCACAUGCACUAAAGUCCCACUGGAUUGGGAAGGAGUAUUACAAGAGAGGACCAGAUGGGAAUGAUAUUCAUAGGACAAAUGUGCCUCAUAUCAGGCUUGAAUUCCGCGAUAUGAUAUGGAGGGAGGAGAUGCAACAGGUUUAUCUGGGCAAGGCUGUAUUUCCUUCAUUUGUUGACCCAUGAUCUGGAUUGCUAAUGCAUUAUAUCACGGACAAGCGUAUUGAUUCAGAAUAUCUGGAGGCUUGGCCAUCCAGUGACUCAAGAAAGCUUCUCCACCAUGAGAUAUCUGGAAUUUUGAAGCUGAGGGGAAAAUAAGGUUUGGUGAAUGCUAGACCUUAUUAUUUGAUGAUGUGAUAGUAACAUUCGAUAAGAGUAAUCUAUGAAGACUGGUAAUUGAGGAAGCAACUGGAGCUCUAGCAUAUAGCAAUACCUUAAAGCAAUCCACUAUCUGAAUAAGGAAUUAUGUAUAAUAUCUGAGUGUCGGUAGGUUAACAAACUUCAGAUGCAUCGUAAGAUGAAUUCUGAAUGUUACAUGGUUCCGUUUUGUAUCAUAUUGACAUGUUGGCUAAAUAAAAAGAAGUGAUUCUGCCA